CCGGGCCGCCGCCAGGACGCAAAAGGCGUGGUCGGCGCAGGCCCCAGGCCCAGCCCCCCGCCAAUGGCCUGCUGCGCCGGCGCCGGGUUCUCCAGGUCCAGCCUUCCCUCUCCAACACAGGGCUGUGCGCAUGCGCCUGGAAAGGGAGAUAUGGAGAACUGUUUGGCGGCCGCGGCGCUGAACGGGGUGGACCGACGUGCCCUGCAGCGCACGGCUAGGCUGGGUCAAGAAGUGCUGGAGCGGGCCAAGAGGAGGGCGGUGGACUGGCAUUCGCGGGAGCUCCCCCAAAGCAGCGUGGGGGUCACUUCCCGGGAACAGCCUGACCGAGAAAGACGGCCAGCAGCCGGCCCCCAGCGCCUUCUCCCGGGAGAGAGAGAAGAAAGACAACCAACCCUCAGUGCUUCCUUCAGAACAAUGGCAGAAUUCAUGGACUAUACUUCAAGUCAGUGUGGGAAAUAUUAUUCAUCUGUACUGGAGGAUGGAGGGGCAGCCCACGUCUCUCGUUAUCACAGAAGGAAGUCGGAACUGCAUUUGUGCUGUGACGGGAGGAAUGGUCAGAGAAAAGACACCUCUCUUGGUCUUGGAGUCAUCUCUCACGCAUCAGAGUGUGCUCUACAGGCCUGUCAGCAGCCUGCUGAAAACAUCUCUAAGGACCUCUACAUAGAAGUAUAUCCAGGGACCUAUUCCGUCACUGUGGGUGCAAAUGAUUUAACCAAGACUCACGUGGUAGCAGUGGACUCAGGACAAAGUGUGGACUUGGUCUUCGCCGUAUGAUGUUGACCAUCACGGCCAUCGCAUCACCUUUUCUUAAGUAGCAAGAAGAAUAAAGUCACCAUAUGAUUCUCUUAAUAUUUACACAUUACUCCUGCUUUUACUGCUGACUGUAGAGGGUCAGUCUUCCUGGGAACUGGAGUUUGUCUCUUUCAGUGCCUAUUUUAACUUAAAAUUCUGGAAGUGCCCGCCCCCUCCCCCCCCCCCCCGGCUGAAAAUAAUAAUGUAAUGAUGCUAUCUGAAUGGUUUUUAACUGCUUACUUUCCAGGUAAAGGCUAAUUAUAAUAAAGGGAGAUGAUUUGGAAAUGAAGAGAAUUCCUUUUUAUUGGUAUUAAGAGGUGAAACAGUGUCGCUCACUCACAGCUGAAGGCUUAUGAAACGAUGGCAGAGAGGCUGUGGACACAUUUGCCCAAAGCAGGCCAAUCACCCCCUGCAGCUUCUGUGGAGGAGGCAUCCUCGAGCAAUCUCCCCAGGCCCCCGUCAGGGAGCCCUGGCCGUGGCCACCAGACUCCUGUGCCCCUUGUGGCAGGUGCCUUCCUGCCGUUCAUCUGCCGGGAAGUCUUAACGGGUGAAGAUGCUGCUGCUUAUUCGACUGUCACCUGAGGCCUGCACUCUGCCUCCAUCCAUUGAAGAAGGACUUAACCACUUUGUAAUGCCUCCUCAGGUAUUUACCACCACUACUCUUUUAGCUUCCUAUUAAAAAAAAAAAUCCUGA